GGAGAUGGUUGGAUGUUGUAUGAAAUGCAUUAUUACUUACAAAUCAAGAACAAGGUCACAUGGUCAAAUGCAAAGGUUGAGUGUGAAAAGCUAGGAGCUUACUUGGUUACCAUAGACACGGAGGAAGAAAACACGUGGUUAACAGAAACGUUUGUGCCAGUACGGGGUCCUGGGGAAUGCAGAACAUGGUGGUUUUGUUGUUCACAUUGGAUAGGUGCGAACGAUAUUGAACAGGAGGGGAGAUUUGUCUGGACAGGAAACAACCGUGACGUCACUUCCUACUCCAACUGGUACCCCAAUGAACCAGAUAAUAAAGCGGGACAGGACUGUGUACAUAUGUGUCGUGAGGGGAUCUGGGGAGAUUAUGGCUGUGGCGGAACAUAUUCUUACAUUUGUGAAAAAGAUUAAAAAUUAUCGAGAAUAUUUUCAUAUAUUUGUAAUAAAUAUUACGAAUGUUAA